AUGCUUUGGAACAGAGUUCUACGGAUCGUGGUCACUGAGGGCAACGCCACGGACUCCUCCGACGAUGAAGGGGAGAGGGCGGUGGGGAUGUGGAGGAGGGUGAAGAGGCACAUGUGGGGGAUCAAGUUUGUGCCGACGCCGCCGUUUGACGCCUGCAGCCGGAAGUUCAAAGGAGUGCGUAAACGGCCGAGGGGGCGUUGGGUGGUGGAGAUUCGCGUCCCCGCACGGGGGAAACGCCUCUGGCUCGGCACCUAUGACAGCCGGAAAGAAGCCGCCACUCUGUACGACAACGCCUCCGUGAGACUAAAAGGCCCUAACGCCGUCACCAACUUCCCGAAAAAAACGGUAACCGAGACGGCCGUCGAUACCUCGCUCACCUCAAGGAACGCGGCUCUGUCCCCCGCCUCCGUCCUCCGUUACGACGAUUUCACUCCGUUCGAUAGCCCUGUGCAGAGUGACUUCAUCCCAAACGAAGCUGCCGCCGUCAACGAAUUCUUUGCGUUAGAUAAUCUUGAUUUCGAAAACUUUGACUUUGACUUUGACUUUGACUUUGACUUCGACUUCGACUUCUUCGGCUUACCAAGUUUUCCAUUAUUCGCUACACACUGCGUCCAUGAAUUUGACGAGUUUGAUGCUGAUAUUUAUUAG